GUCUGUCUGAGAGCUUCAAACUUUGCUUUUCAAUUGCUUUAUUUAUGCCUUCUGCAAAAAGCUUUAGGUGUUGUAAUGGAGUAGAAGCAGGAGAAAUCACCUGGAUAUUUGGAAAUAGUGAUUUUUUUUUUUUUUUGUCCACUGAGGUCAAUCGUUGUUGCAGUAAGAGGCAUUUGCAGCCUUAUUUAUGGAGGGCUGACCGUGUGUGAGAGCAUUUCAGCUGUAAAACUGUGCUGUGGAAGAGGUCUGGAAGCAUCAGAAAUGAGGUUUUCGUUGAGGAACGUGCAGUACCUGCUUGCAUUGAAUACUUUGGCAGUGUGUCACUUUUAGCUGUGAUGGAGAUCAGCAAAUUGCCUUUUAAUGUGUGACAGGCUACUGAAAGCUUUCUUUCCUUAACCGAGUGCCCAAGUCUUGACUGAAGUUCCAGCGAGCUUUGAUUUUUGAUUUGGAAAGGCCUGUUUUUUUGGCACACCUGUUUGCACUGCACCACGUGCCCUAAAAGUUAAUAGAGCUACCCCCUUAUGCAGGGGAGAAGGAAUGGGAGUGGCAGCCCUAAAUUGGGUGGUGUUGACAAAGUGCUAAUUGUUUCCUGGUCUGUCUGGAAUAUGGCAGUAGAAACUUGGUUACGUCUGCUUUUGCCAGGGAGCUACUCUUGCAUUUUGUGACUUGAAAAGUAGCAAAGGCUGGUUCCACAGCAGACACGAGGGUCUGUUUCCCUGCUCCUACAGAUUUUUUUUUUUUUCCUAUGGAUUUAAGAAUGAUAGUUGUGCCAUAAUUUCUGUGGAAAUACAAAUCAGCCGCAGUUCUAAAGGAUUCAUUAGAAGACCCUGUUGAAAUCAAGUACAUCCCUCAGUCAUCCAGGGUGCAUAAAGAUUUUUAAAACUUUUGAUAAAGAUGUCUGGGGUAUGAAGUAUUUUACUCUUCAGCAACUUACCUCCCCUUACACUUACUCUUUCAUUAUUUUAAGACCGAGAAGGAGACAAAAUAAAGUUUUGGUAAUGUAAUUUUUGUGUUAUUUCCAGGAGGCAGUAAUGAACUCCUUGAUGCCUCAAAUGCUGCAUGAACAAUGCAGACAUGAGACCUUCAGGCAAGUGAGGGUGUUGAGUUAUGCUCCUUGGUGUCCAGCCUGUCAACAAAUUGAGGCGACCUGGGAGAGCUUUGCAAAGGAGAGCGAACGGCUCGGCAUCACUGUUGGAAAAGUGGAUGUCACUCAGGAACCAGGCUUGAGUGGUCGUUUCUUUGUCACAACACUUCCUACAAUUUACCAUGCCAACGAUGGAGUGUUCCGUAGAUACCGCGGCUCCCGGACCUUAGAAGAUCUUCAAGGCUACAUUGUAGAGAGGAAAUGGGAAGCUGUGGAACCUGUAGCAGGAUGGAAGUCUCCAUCUUCUAUAAUGAUGCAUGGAAUGGCAGGGCUGUUUCACUUCUCAGGAUGGAUCAGGCAAAUUCAUAACUACCUCACUGGCACUCUUGGAGUUCACGUUUGGGUUUCUUAUGCCAUCUUCAUCUUAGCUACCUUACUGAUUGGCCUGCUCCUGGGUUUGAUCCUGGUUUUGAUUUCAGACUGCCUCUGCCCAGCCAAGUCAAAAUACAGAGCUGAAACACCUGAAGAAGCAAUUACCAAGGAGAAUGUGGAGAAUGCAGCGCUGGAAGAACCAGAGGAGGCUGCAGAGCUUUCCAUGGACGAUGCGGAAGAGGCUGCGGAUGUGAAAGAUCUCUCAGAUGGAGAAGAUGCAGCAAAUUCAAGUGCUGAUGAGUCGGAGGAGGAUUUAGCACUUGGAAAAGAAUCAGGGGAAGAAGAAAUAGAAGACUUAAGUGAGCAGCCUUUAGCUGAAUCAGAGACUGAAAGCACAGUGAGGCAGCGGAAAAGUCAGGGGGCUGAGAAGGAACUAUAGUUUUCCCGGUGGUGUAUCUUGUACACUUGGACCAAAGAAAUGUCAGACCCCUUGAGGGUCUGAAGCUGGAGCUUACACUUGAUUUGUCGUUGGUGUUUACGCAAAGCUCUGCUCUGCCAGCAGGCUCAUCUUUUUUUAAGCUUAGUACUUGCUUACUUUCUUUGAUAAGCACAUUUGCUGUGUGUUGUGUGACCUUAGCCGUGACAAUCAAAAUCAGUGUCUUAUCUGUUCCAUGUCCUCUCAGAGAAAAAGGGGGUAUCAGCCUCAGUUCACCAGCUCUGAAAUGAUCAUUGUGUGUGUCACCCUAAGGACUGACCUGGGCAAGAUCAGGACUUUUAACUCCACAGUAGCUUGGCAGGAUUAUGACUUUUCUGUCUGAAUGUUGAUUGUUCCCAAAUACCACAGAAGCACAGAGACAAUUCACUAGUGAAAGGAGGCACCUUACUGGUCUUCUGUCGAAAAUGUUGUUUACCAUGGGUUUGUUUUUAUCUCUUUCAACUGAAGCACCUUUCUCUUCCAUUUUUAUUUGUGUUUGUUUUGGAAGUUGAUCCUGCAGCUCACCCCCAGAUGUGUCAGUUUUUGGUGAACCAGAGGCUGUGCAGCUUGAGUUGUUUGACCCAAGGAGUUGGAGUAAUUUAAAACCUAAGUCAGAGUCGCAGCUAAAUGUGUUGGAACCUUUAAGAGGUUUAAAGAAAAUUAUUUUGGUCGGGAGAAAUUUUGCCGAAGCAUGACUAUUCUUUUUUUCUUUUGGUAAUCUGUUUCCAUCAGGAGAUUGUAGCAGGAAACACUCACUUUGGAGUCAGUAAGUUGCAUUUUUCUUGCAGUGCAAGUUUAUCAUGUGCAGUGCAGUCCUGCCAUUUCCAGCUCGGAAUGCUUUUGGCAGAACUCAAGCUGCUUUAGUGGUGUUAUCUGAAGAGGCACUUAGGGUUUUACCUUUGAUCACUUUUCUCCUUUUGGAAUGAUCACGUUGAGAAAAGAGAGGGGGCACAGGUGGGUAGUGAUGAGAAGCUUUGGGUUUUGCUCCUUCUGUCAGAAUAAACGUGUGUGUGUGUGUGUUGAACUGCAUAAGGUGAAAAUGGCUCAUCAGGUAGAGAGCAUUAGAUGUGGUUAGAUUUGGGUCAUUAAACAUAUGAGUGUAUCACUCCUUUGGGUUAAUAUAUAAGUCAUUUUUGGUAAGGAGUACCCUCAGUGAGAUCCUGUAUGUUCCUGCUUUGUUAAUAUAUGACCAUGAACAUAAGAUGUGUCCUAAUCUUGAUAUUAUUUUUAAAUAUAUAUACACACAUGUAUAAACCUUGCUAACAUGCAUGAUUUUCAUCUAUUUCUUCAAGAACAAAAAGUAGUCAGAGAUGAGAUCAUCCUUCAUUAGAAGAAGUGCAAAAUGCUGGUUUCCUUUGAGACUGAGAUUAAUAGGGCCAAUUUAUGUUGAAAGCUGUUUUGUUGUUGUUUUUUUAAUGCUCUUAAAGAACGUAUUUGCCAAGAAAGCUCUACUUACCCAUUUCUGUCCUGUCAAGUAUGUUUUUGAUCUAUAUGGUAGAAACUUCCAUUUGUCUGGUAGAGCUGUUCAAAGAUAAAAAUUACACUUCAUAUCCUGAAUUUGAAAUUUCUUGAAGAAUACUCCCAGUCUGGAGUUUGAGUUCCGUACAGUGGACACCUCUAAAUGUGCUUUCUCAUAGGUGCAAGCAUAGACUUGAUAAUAUCUAUACAUUGCACUGUCUUGAGAACAGUUUGUGAUGUUUGGGUGUUGUCCCGUGUAACUCAGCAGUUGCAAAGCUGGCAGCCACAGAACUCAGCAGUAGGUGAGGCACACAGAAGCCUUUUAAAAGCUAUACUUUUGUCUGCAAAAAUCAAGAAAACUUCGUUGGCCACAGUGUGAAGAGAAGACCUGUGCGCUUCAAAGACAAAAAGGUGUUCCUGCAAAAGUUGGGUUUCCCUGCAGUGUCUUUGGAUUUCACAAGAAAAAAAACAAACCCACCAAUGGCACUUUGUCCUAAAAGGCACGUGGUUUUGAGAUGCUGUGGCAGGGAUCAGAAGCCCCUUUGUGUGGUGUGCCUGAAUUCUCUGCUCACAUUUCCUCUGUUGCACAUCACAGUUGGUUUGGAUUAUUUAAACCAAGGAUAUGAAGUGUUUUCCGUCAUGAUAGACUGAACUUUAAGAUCACUGAUGAGCACAGAUUAAAUAAGCAGGCAGCAGAUGACAGCAUCCUAGAUCUAGAAGUGGGCUUGGCCAGGCUUCUAAGAGUUCUUGAACAUAGGAUGGAUGUUGUUCCUGUGUUUUCAUGAAUAAAGUAGGGAAUAUUAACGCUGACUGGGUUUGACCAUAUCUGACAUAUAUUGGUCUAUCUUAUUACAAAGAUCACUGAAUUGUGAUUAGGGCUUUGCUUAGAAAAGGUGAUACAGUGCAACCAUUGAUCUCUCCAACUUAAUUUUGCAUUUGUAGGAAAAUUACUGUGGUGUGAUACUGGAGAUACUCCAUUUUGACUGAUGUUUAUCUGGGAAACAGCGAGCAGCAAACACUGUAAAGGCUAAAUUUGUGUUUAACAGAAAAACUGUUAGUUGUGUAGUAGAAGUGUCAUGUUAAUGUACCUUCCAGGAUCAGGUUUUUUUCCACUAAAGCACAUUUUAAUUGAAUCCUGUGAAUUGCGCUAAUUAGACUAUUACAAUAGUUUUAAACUUGGUGUGUUUCCAAAAGGUCGUGGUCAACCUUUUGUGCAGUCUGGGUGUUCUGUUAUCUCUCUUCUGUUAGGAGUAAUUGUGAAGAAAUGGAACUUAUUCUUGCAACCUCCGUAUAGACAAAAAGGCCUUGGAGAAGCUGCUGCUGGCACUGUUCAAAAUGUUUUGAUGAAGGACAGGGCCUUAAGGCUUGUGAGCUAGAGCUGUGUGUCAAAAUUAAUUUAAGGUUGUUGAGAAGAAAUUUAAAUAUCAAUUGGGCUGCAUGCCACUGGAAUGGGAAUGCUUAACAGCAAGCCACAGAAAAAAAUCUGGCAGGUUCCUCUUUCAAGAGGCUGAAAAUCCAUCCAGCAUUCCAAACCUCCUGUCCUUGGGAUCUGUGUGGAACUUGUAUGUGUGUCUUAGAAUGCUCUGUAUCUACUACCCCUGUGGGGGUGGCACCUGUUAUAUGAGUUUUCUUCCUGGAAAUGUUACACAGGGUUGUCUGUUACAUGAAAGUGUUGCAAAUUUAUACUUAGGCAUAUUUUUACUGAAAUGCCACAUAAAAUUUUGUAUUUAUGACCUG